CUGGGAACCUCGUCUCACCGAUCUGCUCCUCUCAGCUCUACCCUCCACCUCUCACGCCCUCCUCAGCCUCUUCGACUUCAGGAAGCAUGACUUCCAAAUCCACCGUGAGAAGCCAAAGCAGCAGCCGCCGUGUCUUCAGUGCCGGCUCAGCCAGAGUCCCUGGGGUCAACCGCUCUGGCUUCAGCAGCAUGCCCGUGUGCCGCUCCAGGGGCAGUGGUGGCUUCCCUGGAGUGGGUGGAGGAGUUAGCUUUGGCAGCCGCAGCCUCUAUGGCAUCGGGGGCUCCAAGAGGAUCUCCCUCGGAGGGGGCAGCUGUGCCUUCGGUGGCGGAUAUGACGGCAGAGCUGGAGGCGGCCUUGGCUUUGGAGGUGGAGCCGGGAGUGGAUUUGGUUUCGGCAGUGGAGCUGGUGGUGGCUUUGGGCUCGGUGGUGGAGCUGGUGGUGGUUUUGGGCUCGGUGGUGGAGCUGGUGGUGGCUUUGGGCUCGGUGGUGGAGCUGGCUUUGGUGGUGGCUAUGGGGGCUCUGGCUUCCCUCUAUGCCCCCCUGGAGGCAUCCAAGAGGUCACCAUCAACCAGAGUCUCCUGACUCCCCUCAACCUGCAAAUCGACCCCACCAUCCAGCAAGUCAAGACUGAGGAGCGGGAGCAGAUCAAGACCCUCAACAACAGGUUCGCCUCCUUCAUCGACAAGGUCCGAUUCCUGGAGCAGCAGAACAAGGUCCUGGAAACCAAGUGGGCCCUGCUGCAGGAGCAGGGCACAAAGACCGUGAGGCAGAGCCUGGAGCCUUUGUUUGAGCAGUACAUCAACAAUCUCAGGGGACAGCUGGACUACCUUGUCUCAGAGAGAAGCCGCCUGGACUCAGAGCUCAGCGGGAUGCAGGACACGGUAGAGGACUUCAAGAAGAAAUAUGAAGAUGAAAUCAACAAGCGCAUGUCAGCAGAGAAUGAAUUUGUGAAUCUAAAGAAGGAUGUGGAUGUUGCUUACAUGAGUAAGGUUGAUCUACAAGCCAAGGCAGACGCUCUCAUAGAUGAGAUCAACUUCCUCAGAGCCCUCUAUGAAGCAGAACUGGCUCAGGUGCAAACCCACGUCUCAGAUACUUCUGUUGUCCUCUCCAUGGACAACAACCGCACCCUGGACCUGGACAGCAUCAUCGCUGAAGUCAAAGCCCAAUAUGAAGAGAUCGCUCACAGGAGCCGGGAGGAGGCUGAGUCCUGGUAUAAGAGCAAGUACGAGGAGCUGCAGAAUUCAGCGUGCAGAUAUGGGGACGACCUGUGCAACACCAAACAGGAGAUCUCUGAGAUCAAACGCAUGAUCCAGAGGCUGAGAUCUGAGAUCGACCACGUCAAGAAGCAGUGCACCAACCUGCAAUCCGCCAUCGCCGAUGCAGAGCAGCGUGGGGAGUUGGCCCUCAGGGAUGCCAAGAACAAGCUGGUCGAGCUGGAGAACGCCCUGCAGAAGGCCAAGCAGGACAUGGCGCAGCUACUGAAGGACUACCAGGAGCUCAUGAAUGUCAAGCUGGCCCUGGACGUGGAGAUCGCCACCUACAGGAAGCUGCUGGAGGGUGAGGAGUGCAGGCUGUAUGGGGAAGGCGUUGGACAAGUCAACAUCUCCGUGGUACAGUCCACCGCCUCCAGUGGCUACGGCGGUGCUGGCGGUGCUGGCGGUGCUGGCAGCAGUGGCUACGGCAUGGGCGGAGGCAGUGGCUACUCCUACGGCAGUGGUCAGAGCGUUGGAGGUGGCUUCAGUUCCGGCAGUGGCAGAGCCAUAAGUGGUGGCCUCAUCUCCUCCGGGGGCGGCAGUUCCACCGUCAAAUUCACCACCACCUCAUCCUCCGGCAGGAGGAGCUACAGGCCUUGAACGCCUGCCACGGACUCGUGGUCCCACAGCGUCUCAGGCUCCCUCUCCGGCUUCACUGCCCUUUCCUCCAGUUGCUUCCUCUCUCCUGCUUCUUUCUUCUCUUACUCCUUGAGUUAGAACUGAAGUUGCUGAGUGCCCUCAUGUCCUCUCUGCCACACCUGCUGCAUCUGAGCUUCCACUGCUCACCAUCGGAAGGUCCCUGUCUGGGUCCUACUCCAGAACAGGACAAUCCCCCUAGCUUUCCACUGGCCCAGUAUGUCCCAUCUCACAGGUGUUGUGUUCCUCCCUUGCAGUGAUCAUGAAAGCACAAGUGACUAGUUCUAUGAUGUACGGGGGUCUGUAUCCCUGUGAUGCUUCCUCUGCUCUUUGCUCACUUGUAUUGCUAAAUAAAGCAGAUUUGUACUAUAA